AUGUGCUGUCCUAGGGCAGUUUGCUGUAGAUGUGGUUUAAAUGGGCAUCUUGUUCCUAUUUGCAAUACUGUUCUUCCUUGGGAAUGUGUGGCCCCUAUGUGUGGAUUUCAAGCUAAGGGGAAGGGUUUCUUCUAUAUACAUGACUCUAGUACACCCAAGCAGAACACUGAUAGGAACAUAUAUAUUGUGAUCACUGUGAUAGAGGGGCAAGCUAGUGCCAGGCAGUUGGAGGAGUUCUUUAAUGCAUACAUUAACACAAACUGGAAAUGUUCAGCUAGAUCGAUUGGGCUUAAUACCUUUGUCAUGAGACAUUGA